AUGCCGCCGAGCUACAACGCGGCACUUCGACGCCUGCGACAAAUCGAGCACAAGAUGGACGCCUCGCCUGAAUUUGCCCGCGAAUAUACUGCACAGGUGAAUAACCUUAUAGAAAAAGGAUACGCAGUGAGGUGCGACGGGUCAGAAUCAUCGAGCCCCGUCUGUUGGUACCUCCCUCACUUCGCGGUGCAGAACCCGAACAAGCCUGGCAAGCAGAGGUUGGUGUUCGACGCAGCGGCGACAAGUCACGGGGUGAGUCUGAACGACCACUUACUGGAAGGCCCUGACAUGUUGAUGUCUCUGCCCGGAAUAAUGUUUCGGUUCCGGGAGAGCGCUGUAGCAGUCACAGCGGACAUACAAGAAAUGUUCCUGCGAAUCAAGAUCCGUGCCGAAGAUCAGUCAGCGCAGCAAUUUCUGUGGCGCGGUAACGACCGAACCAACCCGCCGCAGCGAUUUAAGAUGACCAGCAUGAUCUUCGGUGCAGCGAGUUCACCAUUCAUGGCGCACUUCGUAAGGAAUCACAACGCCAACGUGCAUGCGCAGCUGUAUCCCAGAGCAGCGGAGGCCAUCACCAAAUAUCACUAUAUGGACGACUUGGUGGCCAGCUACGAUACACCCGGAGAAGCGCACGAAGCCAUAGAGGAAACGAAGACGGUGCACGCGGCGGCGGGAUUCACUCUGCGCGGUUGGAACUCGAACGACGAGAGUGUGCUUCGCGACGUGCCCCCAGAGUUGCGCUCGAAUCAGCCCACGCAACUGGGGAGAACAUCAACACAGCAAGAUAUUGGGACUGCGGUGGGACCCGGAGCGAGACGAGCUGGGAUUCAACACAGCAAUGAGCCGAGUCCCGAAAGAAGUAAAACGCAAGUGCGCACGCCCACCAAGAGAGAAGCCCUCAGUACAGUCAUGUCGAUCUACGAUCCACUGGGACUUCUCAGCGUGUACACCAUUCGCGCCAAGAUCAUCCUUCAGAACUUAUGGCGCUUAAAGAUGUCGUGGGACGAACGGGUGCCAGAGGAAGACGGCAAGCUGUUCGCGACGUGGUUGUCGCAACUGUCGGCGAUCGGUCAGUUGCGCAUUCCCCGACAUUAUGGACCGACGAGCCACGAGCGACGCAUCGAGCUCCACGUUAUGUGCGACGCCAGCGAGCAGGCCUACGCAGCGGUGGCGUAUUGGCGGAUGGUCGGCCAAGAGAACGUUACACUCUCUUUGGUGGCCGCCAAGGCGAAGGUGGCACCGCGACGGACGCAAACGAUACCCCGCCUCGAGCUGCAAGCGGCGGUAAUCGGGGCGCGCCUCGCUGACGCAGUGAAGAAGGAGCAUCGCAUCGUGGCGGAGAGAACUAUAUAUUGGACUGACUCCACAACAGUCAUCCACUGGAUCCGGAACGACGAGCGACGGUACACACCCUUCGUCGCGCAUCGUCUGCGGGAGAUCGCCGAGCUCACCGACAAAAGUGAGUGGCGAUGGCUACCCACGACGCACAACGUCGCCGAUGAAGCCACUCGACUUCGGAGCGACGCCGUGAGUGAAGACAGCCGGUGGUUCCGGGGACCUGAUUUCCUCCUCGAGCCCGAACAAUCAUGGCCCACGAGAGACGGAAGUCAGGACGACGAAGCAGAGGUCCUGCACGUCACAGAGAGCCCGGAAAAGGAACGCUGGCUGCCCGACCCGACCCGCUUCUCCAAGUAUGAAACAUUGGUGCGAGCCACGGCGAGAGUCUUGGCGUUCGCGGACAUCGCGCGACGCAAGACACCACACCUGGAAGUGGGACACCUGAAGCGGGCGGAGAUGUUAUUAAUGCAACAGGCGCAAAGGGAGAGCUUCGGGGAAGAGCUGCAACGAUUGAAGUCUUCCCAGCCGGUACAAAGGACGAGUCGGCUAUUCAAGCUGGACCCGGUGUUAGAAGAUGGCGUGCUGCGAGUCCGGGGACGCAUCGGAGCAGCCACAGUCCCGGAUGACGCCAAACGACCGGUCAUCUUGGACGGCCGACACCCCGUCACGAAGCUCAUCGUGCUGCAAGAACACUGUGCCGCAGGUCACGCAAAUAGGGAGCGCGUGACCAACGACCUGCGGCAAAAAUAUUGGAUAAUACACCUGAGGCCCACCGUGCGCACCGUGGAACGAGACUGCGCACUGUGUAAGGUGCGACGCACGAAGCCGCAGCCACCGGCCACGGGAGAUCUACCCCGUGCCCGCUUGGACCCGUAUCAUCGGCCCUUCUCCAACUGCGGAGUGGACUACUUCGGGCCGAUGAUAGUGAAGAUCGGACGCCGGCGAGAGAAGCGUUGGGGCGCGCUGUUCACCUGUCUAACGACACGCGCCAUACAUCUGGAGCUCGCCGCAUCCCUGUCAACGGAUUCGGCCAUCAUGGCGUUGCGCAGGAUGGCAGCAAGAAGAGGAUGGCCGAAAAUAAUGUAUUCCGACAACGCCACAAACUUCAGGGAGCGGAUGAAGAGCUACGAGCGGCCUACAAGGAGUGGCAACCCGAGCUACGCAACGUCGGGCUGCUGCAUCGGAUGGAGUGGCGCUUCAUCCCUCCGGGCGCACCCAACCAGGGAGGAAAAGGCGCCGUCCGAAGAAACCCUACGGACGUUGUUGGCUGAAGCCGAACAUUCAGUCAACUCAAGACCACUGACCCACGUGAGCGUCGACCCGAGGGACCCGGAGGCGCUCACGCCCAAUCACUUUUUGUUGGGCUCAUCAUCGGGCCUUCCCACAAUCGGACCCUGUGAAGACGUCGAUCGACGGGCAUGGCGAGCGGCGCAAGCGUUGGCGGACAACUUCUGGCGCCGGUGGAUAGCGGAGUACCUACCGACCCUGGUACCCCGCGGCGAGUCAACAAGAAGAGUUCGUCCGCUGCGCGUGAACGACGUGGUCGCCAUCGCCGACCAACAGCUGCCGAGGAACGUGUGGCCGCUGGGGAUCGUCCAGCGCACGUUCGAGGGACCCGACGGAGCCAUACGAGUCGCUGAAAUCAAGACAAAGAGCGGCGUAUUUCGACGCCCGGUGACGAAGAUCGUCGUGCUGCACCCGGAGGAGGAGGCUGCGCGAGCUACGCCGGGGAGGAUGUUAGCGACACGACGACUUCGCGGCCGCCGUGACACUGAGGCCCGUCGACGACGCUGCCUAAGGAACGACGGGACGGCGGACGCAGCGGGACUGAAGCUCGCGCGCCGCACGCUCACAUACCUGGCCUAG